GCCGCUACCGCAGGCAGGGGGCGGCAACAUGGCGGAGUGAGCGGCGGCGUCGGGGCUUCACAACAACAGUGGCGCCCGUAGCGGCGGCAGCGGCAGCGUCAGUAGCGUCGGCCACAGCCUGAGCUUCCGCACCGGCCAGCGUGCUGGCCAGCCGCUCGCGCCCCGGAGCUUCUCGGAGCGGCGGCCGCAUCUCCGCGGGGGGCGGGCCGGGCCGGACGGACCGGGAGGGGGAGAGAGAGGAGGCAGCGGCAGCGGCGGCGGCAGCCGCGCUCCAGCUGCUGGGCGGGCACUGCCGCUCGCCGGGCAGCGGUUAGCGGCGCAGCCACCGCCGGGAAUAAGCCUGGGAAUAACCCGCCGCCUCCGCCGGGGAGGGCGCCGGAGCGGGCCGGGCGGACGCGCAGGCGGGAGCGGGCCCGGCGCCGCGGCGCUGGUGGAUGCUGGGGCUCCGAGGCGACGGCCGGGGGGCGGGGGCCGAGGCAGGUAUAACGGUACCGGCGGAGACAGCGCCUCUGCUCUUCCCUUCUCCCCAGGAGGGGGGCAAAUGGCGAGCGAGAAGCCGGGCCCGGGCCCGGGGCUCGAGCCUCAGCCCGUGGGGCUCAUCGCCGUCGGGGCCGGAGGCGGAGGCGGCGGGGGCGGCGGCGGCGGCGGCGGCGGGGGCAGCGGGAUGGGGGAGCUGAGGGGGGCGUCCGGCUCCGGCUCGGUGGUGCUGCCCGCGGGGAUGAUUAACCCUUCCGUGCCGAUCCGCAACAUCCGGAUGAAAUUCGCAGUGUUGAUUGGACUCAUACAGGUCGGAGAGGUCAGCAACAGGGACAUCGUGGAGACGGUGCUCAACCUGCUGGUUGGUGGAGAAUUUGACUUGGAGAUGAACUUUAUUAUCCAGGAUGCUGAGAGUAUAACAUGCAUGACAGAGCUUUUGGAGCACUGUGAUGUAACAUGUCAAGCAGAAAUAUGGAGCAUGUUUACAGCCAUUUUACGAAAAAGUGUUCGGAAUUUACAGACUAGCACAGAAGUUGGGCUAAUUGAACAAGUAUUGCUGAAAAUGAGUGCUGUAGAUGACAUGAUAGCAGAUCUUCUAGUUGAUAUGUUGGGGGUUCUUGCCAGCUACAGCAUCACUGUCAAGGAGUUGAAGCUUUUGUUCAGCAUGCUUCGAGGAGAAAGUGGAAUCUGGCCAAGACAUGCAGUAAAAUUGUUAUCAGUUCUUAAUCAGAUGCCACAAAGACAUGGUCCUGAUACUUUUUUCAAUUUCCCUGGUUGUAGCGCUGCGGCAAUCGCAUUGCCUCCUAUUGCAAAGUGGCCUUAUCAGAAUGGCUUCACCCUAAAUACUUGGUUUCGUAUGGAUCCAUUAAAUAACAUUAAUGUUGAUAAGGAUAAACCUUAUCUUUAUUGUUUUCGUACUAGCAAAGGAGUUGGUUACUCUGCUCACUUCGUUGGCAACUGUCUAAUAGUUACAUCACUGAAGUCUAAAGGAAAAGGUUUUCAGCACUGUGUGAAAUACGAUUUUCAACCACGUAAGUGGUACAUGAUCAGCAUUGUCCACAUUUAUAAUCGAUGGAGGAACAGUGAAAUUCGGUGUUAUGUUAAUGGACAGCUGGUAUCCUAUGGUGAUAUGGCUUGGCAUGUUAACACAAAUGAUAGCUAUGACAAGUGCUUUCUCGGAUCUUCAGAAACUGCUGAUGCAAAUAGGGUGUUUUGUGGUCAACUUGGUGCCGUGUAUGUAUUCAGUGAAGCACUCAACCCUGCACAGAUAUUUGCAAUUCAUCAGUUAGGACCUGGAUAUAAGAGUACCUUCAAAUUUAAAUCUGAGAGUGACAUUCAUUUGGCAGAACAUCAUAAACAGGUUCUGUAUGAUGGGAAACUUGCAAGUAGCAUUGCAUUUACAUAUAAUGCUAAGGCCACUGAUGCGCAGCUAUGCCUGGAAUCAUCACCAAAGGAAAAUGCAUCAAUUUUUGUGCAUUCCCCACAUGCCCUAAUGCUCCAGGAUGUGAAAGCUAUAGUAACACAUUCAAUUCAUAGUGCAAUUCAUUCAAUUGGAGGGAUUCAAGUGCUUUUUCCACUUUUUGCCCAACUGGACAAUCGUCAGCUCAAUGACAGUCAAGUGGAAACAACUGUCUGUGCUACUCUUUUGGCAUUCCUGGUUGAACUACUUAAAAGUUCAGUAGCCAUGCAAGAACAGAUGCUGGGUGGAAAAGGCUUUUUAGUCAUUGGCUACUUACUUGAAAAGUCAUCAAGAGUCCAUAUAACUAGAGCUGUCCUGGAGCAAUUUUUGUCCUUUGCAAAGUACCUUGAUGGCUUAUCUCACGGAGCACCUUUGCUAAAGCAGCUUUGUGAUCACAUUUUAUUCAACCCAGCCAUCUGGAUACAUACACCUGCAAAGGUUCAGCUCUCCCUAUACACUUACUUGUCUGCUGAAUUUAUUGGAACUGCUACCAUUUAUACCACCAUACGCAGAGUAGGAACAGUAUUACAGCUAAUGCACACAUUAAAAUAUUACUACUGGGUCAUUAAUCCUGCUGACAGUAGUGGCAUUACACCUAAAGGAUUAGAUGGUCCCCGGCCAUCACAAAAAGAAAUUAUAUCUCUACGGGCAUUUAUGCUACUUUUUCUGAAACAGCUCAUACUAAAGGACCGAGGGGUCAAGGAAGAUGAACUUCAGAGUAUAUUAAAUUACCUACUUACCAUGCAUGAGGAUGAAAAUAUUCAUGAUGUGUUACAGUUGCUAGUGGCUUUAAUGUCAGAACAUCCAGCCUCAAUGAUCCCAGCGUUUGAUCAAAGAAAUGGAAUAAGAGUAAUCUACAAAUUAUUGGCCUCUAAAAGUGAAAGUAUUUGGGUUCAAGCUCUGAAGGUUCUGGGAUACUUUCUGAAGCAUUUAGGUCACAAGAGAAAAGUGGAAAUUAUGCAUACUCAUAGUCUUUUCACUCUUCUUGGAGAAAGGCUGAUGUUGCAUACAAACACUGUGACUGUCACCACAUACAACACACUUUAUGAGAUCUUGACAGAGCAAGUAUGUACUCAAGUUGUACACAAACCACAUCCAGAGCCAGAUUCUACAGUGAAAAUUCAGAAUCCAAUGAUUCUUAAGGUGGUGGCAACUUUGUUAAAAAACUCUACACCAAGUGCCGAACUGAUGGAAGUUCGUCGUUUAUUUUUAUCUGACAUGAUAAAACUUUUCAGUAACAGUCGUGAAAAUAGAAGAUGCUUAUUGCAGUGUUCAGUGUGGCAGGAUUGGAUGUUUUCUCUUGGCUAUAUCAAUCCUAAAAAUUCUGAGGAACAGAAGAUUACCGAGAUGGUCUACAAUAUCUUCCGGAUUCUGUUGUAUCAUGCAAUAAAAUAUGAAUGGGGAGGAUGGAGAGUCUGGGUUGAUACACUGUCAAUAGCUCAUUCCAAGGUCACUUACGAAGCACAUAAAGAAUACCUAGCCAAAAUGUAUGAAGAAUAUCAGAGACAAGAGGAGGAAAACAUUAAAAAGGGAAAAAAGGGGAAUGUGAGCACCAUCUCUGGUCUUUCGUCACAGGCAACAGGAGCGAAAGGUGGAAUGGAAAUCCGAGAGAUGGAAGAUCUCUCACAAAGCCAGAGCCCGGAAAGUGAGACAGAUUACCCUGUCAGCACAGACACUAGAGACUUGCUCAUGUCGACAAAAGUGUCAGAUGGUAUUCUUGGAAAUUCAGAUAGACCGGGAGGUGGUGUACAUGUGGAAGUGCAUGAUCUUUUGGUUGAUAUAAAAGCAGAGAAAGUGGAAGCCACCGAAGUAAAGCUUGAUGAUAUGGAUUUAUCACCGGAGACGUUAGUAGGUGGAGAGAAUGGUGCCCUUGUGGAGGUUGAAUCUUUAUUGGAUAAUGUAUAUAGUGCUGCUGUUGAGAAACUCCAGAACAAUGUACAUGGAAGUGUUGGUAUCAUUAAAAAAAAUGAAGAAAAGGAUAAUGGUCCAUUGAUAACACUAGCAGAUGAGAAGGAUGAACUUCCGAACAGCAGUACGUCAUUUCUCUUCGAUAAAAUACCUAAACAGGAGGAGAAACUUCUUCCUGAACUUUCUAGCAAUCACAUUAUUCCAAAUAUUCAGGACACACAAGUACAUCUUGGUGUUAGUGAUGACCUUGGAUUGCUUGCUCAUAUGACUGGUAGUGUAGACUUAAGCUGUACAUCAAGUAUCAUAGAAGAAAAAGAGUUCAAAAUCCAUACAACAUCCGAUGGAAUGAGCAGUAUUUCUGAAAGAGACUUAGCGUCAUCCUCUAAAGGGUUAGAGUAUGCUGAAAUGACUGCUACCACUCUGGAAACCGAGUCAUCUGGUAGCAAAAUUGUACCAAAUAUUGAUGCAGGAAGUAUAAUUUCAGAUACUGAGAGAUCUGACGAUGGCAAAGAAUCAGGAAAGGAAAUUCGAAAAAUCCAGACCACUGCUACAACGCAAGCUGUUCAGGGUCGGUCUAUUACACAACAAGACAGAGACCUCCGAGUUGACCUAGGAUUUCGAGGCAUGCCGAUGACUGAGGAACAGAGGCGCCAGUUCAGCCCAGGUCCACGCACCACAAUGUUUCGUAUUCCUGAGUUUAAGUGGUCUCCAAUGCACCAGCGACUUCUCACCGAUUUACUGUUUGCAUUAGAAACAGAUGUACAUGUUUGGAGGAGCCAUUCCACAAAGUCUGUAAUGGAUUUUGUCAAUAGCAAUGAAAAUAUUAUUUUUGUACAUAACACAAUUCACCUCAUUUCCCAAAUGGUAGACAACAUCAUCAUUGCUUGUGGAGGAAUUUUACCUUUGCUCUCUGCUGCUACAUCACCAACUACGGAAUUGGAAAAUAUUGAAGUGACACAAGGCAUGUCAGCUGAGACAGCAGUAACUUUCCUCAGCCGAUUGAUGGCUAUGGUUGACGUACUUGUAUUUGCCAGCUCUCUAAAUUUUAGUGAGAUUGAAGCGGAAAAAAACAUGUCUUCUGGAGGCUUAAUGAGACAGUGCCUAAGGCUAGUUUGUUGUGUUGCUGUGAGGAACUGUUUAGAAUGUCGGCAGAGACAGAGAGACAGGGGGAGCAAAUCUUCCCAUGGUAGCAGUAAACCUCAGGAAGCUCCCCAAAGUGUGACUGCCACAGCAGCUUCAAAGACGCCAUUAGAAAGUGUUCCAGGUAACCUUUCUCCUAUUAAGGAUCCUGAUAGGCUUCUUCAGGAUGUUGAUAUUAAUCGCCUUCGCGCCGUCGUCUUUCGGGAUGUGGAUGAUAGCAAGCAGGCACAGUUCUUAGCUCUAGCUGUUGUUUACUUCAUUUCGGUUCUGAUGGUUUCCAAGUACCGUGACAUAUUAGAACCCCAGCGAGAGACUACAAGAACUGGAAGCCAACCAGGUAGAAACAUCAGACAAGAAAUAAAUUCGCCAACAAGUACAGUUGUGGUCAUACCAUCUAUCCCUCAUCCAAGUUUGAACCAUGGAUUCCUUGCCAAGUUAAUUCCCGAGCAGAGCUUUGCCCACUCAUUUUACAAAGAAACACCUGCUACAUUUCCAGACACUAUAAAGGAAAAAGAAACACCAACCCCUGGUGAAGAUAUUCAGCUAGAAAGUUCUAUUCCACAUACAGAUUCGGGAAUCGGAGAGGAGCAAGUGGCUAGCAUCCUGAAUGGGGCAGAAUUAGAGCCCGGCACAGGCCCUGAUGCCAUGAGUGAGCUGUUAUCCACUUUGUCAUCAGAAGUGAAAAAAUCACAGGAAAGCUUAACGGAGAACCCCGGUGAACUGUUGAAACCUGCACCAUCCAUAUCUAGCAUUAGUCAAACCAAAGGCAUCAAUGUCAAGGAAAUACUGAAAAGUCUUGUGGCUGCCCCAGUCGAAAUUGCAGAAUGUGGCCCUGAACCUAUCCCAUAUCCAGAUCCAGCAUUGAAGAGAGAAGCGCAAGCUAUUCUUCCCAUGCAGUUUCAUUCCUUUGACAGGAGUGUCGUGGUGCCUGUUAAGAAACCACCUCCCGGUAGUUUGGCUGUAACCACUGUGGGAGCCACUGCUGCUGGAAGUGGGCUGACGACAGGCAGUACCUCCAAUAUAUUUGCUGCUACAGGAGCUACACCAAAAAGUAUGAUUAAUACAACAGGUGCCGUGGAUUCAGGGUCCUCCUCCUCUUCCUCCUCUUCUAGUUUUGUAAAUGGUGCUACCAGCAAAAACCUUCCAGCUGUACAAACUGUCGCUCCAAUGCCAGAAGAUUCGGCCGAAAACAUGAGCAUCACUGCAAAACUUGAAAGAGCUUUAGAAAAAGUUGCUCCUCUUCUUCGUGAAAUUUUUGUAGACUUUGCCCCAUUCCUAUCUCGUACACUUCUUGGCAGUCAUGGACAAGAGCUAUUGAUAGAAGGCCUCGUUUGUAUGAAGUCCAGCACAUCUGUGGUUGAACUUGUUAUGCUGCUUUGUUCUCAGGAAUGGCAAAAUUCUAUUCAGAAGAAUGCAGGACUUGCAUUUAUUGAACUCAUCAAUGAAGGAAGAUUACUAUGCCACGCUAUGAAGGACCAUAUAGUUCGUGUCGCAAAUGAAGCUGAGUUUAUUUUGAACAGACAGAGAGCUGAAGAUGUACAUAAACAUGCAGAGUUUGAGUCUCAGUGUGCCCAGUAUGCUGCUGAUAGAAGAGAGGAAGAAAAGAUGUGUGACCAUCUUAUAAGUGCCGCUAAACAUCGAGAUCACGUUACGGCAAACCAACUGAAACAGAAGAUCCUCAAUAUUCUCACAAACAAGCAUGGCGCUUGGGGAGCAGUUUCUCAUAGCCAAUUGCAUGAUUUCUGGCGUUUGGAUUACUGGGAAGAUGAUCUUCGUCGAAGGAGACGAUUUGUUCGUAAUGCGUUUGGCUCCACUCAUGCUGAAGCACUGCUCAAAGCUGCAGUAGAAUAUGGCACUGAAGAAGAUGUGGUAAAGUCCAAGAAAACCUUCAGAAGUCAAGCAAUAGUGAAUCAGAACGCAGAGACAGAACUUAUGCUGGAAGGGGAUGAUGAUGCAGUCAGCUUGCUGCAGGAGAAAGAAAUCGACAAUCUUGCAGGCCCAGUGGUUCUCAGUACCCCAGCCCAGCUCAUCGCUCCUGUGGUGGUGGCCAAGGGGACUCUCUCCAUCACCACGACAGAAAUCUACUUCGAGGUAGAUGAGGAUGAUCCUGCCUUCAAGAAGAUCGACACGAAAGUUCUUGCAUACACUGAAGGACUUCACGGAAAAUGGAUGUUCAGCGAGAUACGAGCUGUCUUUUCAAGACGUUAUCUUCUACAAAACACUGCUUUGGAAGUAUUUAUGGCAAACCGAACCUCAGUUAUGUUCAAUUUCCCCGAUCAAGCAACAGUAAAAAAAGUUGUCUAUAGCUUACCUCGGGUUGGCGUAGGGACCAGCUAUGGUUUGCCACAAGCCAGGAGGAUAUCACUGGCCACCCCUCGCCAGCUUUACAAAUCUUCCAACAUGACUCAGCGUUGGCAAAGAAGGGAAAUUUCCAACUUCGAAUACUUGAUGUUUCUUAAUACUAUAGCAGGACGGACAUAUAAUGACCUGAACCAAUAUCCUGUGUUUCCAUGGGUAUUAACAAACUACGAAUCAGAAGAAUUGGACUUGACUCUCCCAGGAAACUUCAGGGAUCUAUCAAAGCCAAUCGGUGCUUUGAACCCAAAGAGAGCUGUGUUUUAUGCAGAACGUUAUGAGACAUGGGAAGAUGAUCAAAGCCCCCCCUACCAUUAUAAUACACAUUACUCAACAGCAACAUCUACCUUAUCCUGGCUUGUUCGAAUUGAACCUUUCACAACCUUCUUCCUCAAUGCAAAUGAUGGAAAAUUUGACCAUCCAGAUCGAACCUUCUCAUCGGUUGCAAGGUCAUGGAGAACCAGUCAGAGAGAUACUUCUGAUGUAAAGGAACUAAUUCCAGAGUUCUAUUACCUACCAGAGAUGUUUGUCAACAGUAAUGGAUACAAUCUUGGAGUCAGAGAAGAUGAAGUUGUGGUAAAUGACGUUGGUCUUCCCCCUUGGGCAAAAAAACCUGAAGACUUUGUACGGAUCAACAGGAUGGCCUUGGAAAGUGAAUUUGUUUCUUGCCAACUCCAUCAGUGGAUUGACCUUAUCUUUGGCUACAAACAGCGAGGACCAGAAGCAGUCCGUGCUCUGAAUGUUUUUCACUACUUAACCUACGAAGGCUCUGUGAAUCUGGAUAGUAUCACUGACCCUGUGCUCAGGGAGGCCAUGGAGGCACAGAUACAGAACUUUGGACAGACGCCAUCUCAGUUGCUUAUUGAGCCACAUCCACCUCGGAGCUCUGCCAUGCACCUGUGUUUCCUUCCACAGAGUCCACUCAUGUUUAAAGAUCAGAUGCAACAGGAUGUGAUCAUGGUGCUGAAGUUCCCGUCCAAUUCUCCGGUGACCCACGUGGCAGCCAACACCUUGCCUCACCUGACCAUCCCUGCGGUGGUGACCGUGACCUGCAGCCGACUGUUUGCAGUGAAUCGAUGGCAUAACACAGUAGGCCUCAGAGGAGCUCCAGGAUACUCCUUGGACCAAGCACAUCAUCUUCCUAUUGAAAUGGACCCCUUAAUCGCCAAUAACUCUGGUGUGAACAAACGGCAGAUCACAGACCUUGUUGACCAGAGUAUACAAAUCAAUGCACACUGUUUUGUGGUCACAGCAGAUAAUCGCUAUAUUCUUAUCUGUGGAUUCUGGGAUAAGAGCUUCAGAGUUUACUCUACAGAAACAGGGAAAUUAACUCAGAUUGUGUUUGGCCACUGGGACGUGGUCACGUGCUUGGCCAGGUCGGAGUCAUACAUAGGCGGGGACUGCUACAUUGUUUCUGGGUCUCGAGAUGCUACCCUACUUCUCUGGUACUGGAGUGGGCGACACCAUAUCAUAGGGGACAACCCGAACAGCAGUGACUAUCCUGCCCCAAGAGCUGUCCUCACAGGCCAUGACCAUGAAGUUGUCUGUGUUUCUGUCUGUGCAGAACUUGGACUUGUUAUCAGUGGUGCUAAAGAGGGUCCUUGCCUUGUCCACACCAUCACUGGAGAUUUGUUGCGAGCCCUUGAAGGACCAGAGAACUGCUUGUUCCCGCGCUUGAUUUCCGUCUCUAGUGAAGGCCACUGUAUCAUAUACUAUGAACGAGGACGAUUCAGCAAUUUCAGCAUUAAUGGGAAACUUUUGGCUCAGAUGGAGAUCAAUGAUUCAACACGGGCCAUUCUCCUGAGUAGCGAUGGCCAGAACCUGGUGACCGGAGGGGACAAUGGUGUGGUGGAGGUCUGGCAGGCCUGUGACUUCAAGCAGCUGUACAUUUACCCUGGAUGUGAUGCUGGCAUUAGAGCAAUGGACUUAUCCCAUGACCAGAGGACUCUGAUCACUGGCAUGGCUUCUGGGAGCAUCGUAGCUUUUAAUAUAGAUUUUAACCGGUGGCAUUAUGAGCAUCAGAACAGAUACUGAAGACAAGUGAAGAACCAAAAGCCAAGUUAAAGCUGAGAGCACAAGUGCUGCAUGGAAAGGCAAUAUCUCUGGUGGGAAAAAACUCGUCUACAUCGACCUCCGUUUGUGCAUUCCAUCACACCCAGCAAUAGCUGUACAUUGUAGUCAGCAGCCAUUUUACUUUGUGUGUUUUUUCACGACUGAACACCAGCUGCUACCAAGCAAGCUUAUAUCAUGUAAAUUAUAUGAAUUAGGAGAUGUUUUGGUAAUUAUUUCAUAUAUUGUUGUUUAUUGAGAAAAGGUAGUAGGACGCUUCACAAGAGACUUUUGACAAUUCUGAGGAACCUUGUGUCCAGUUGUUACAAAGUUUAAGCUUUGAACCUAACCUGCAUCCCAUUUCCAGCCUCUUUUCAAGCUGAGAAAAAAAAAAAAAAAAACACGUUUGAUACUUUGUACAUCAGAUGCAUCUUAUUUAAAGGGAUACUUUUGUAAAAGUAAAACCUUGUAUAAAGAACAAAACGUUUCUUAAUUUUAUUGUGGAGUUACAACUUGCAUGUUCUUUAAUCCUGAUGUCUCGAUGGAACAGGUGCAUUCAGACUAUGAAACAGAAAGAUCCGUCCAAGGACACAGCUUGUACGAAAGGGUUGA